AAAACUGUCAACUUGUAAAAAAGCUUUAGAUAGUAUUAUGAUUAACUUUACAAAGGAACAUAUGAAUGAUAACAUAACUAAUCUAGUGCUUAUUGUAUUUAUAUUUGGCUUAGAGUGUGAGUUGGCAUGUAUUGGCCAAUGUAUACCUUAUCCACUGUGAAUUCUGUCAAACCGCUGUAGUUCUGUUGCGCUUACGUUGAAUUUGUUGCGAUUAAAGUUGUUAAACAAAAUGAAGAUCAAUACAAGUCAUUUGCGACAAGUAUACGCUGCGACAGUAGCUACUUUAGGGGCCAUGCUUAUGGGAAUGGUCAUUGGAUGGUCGUCGCCCGCUGUUGGAUUUCUGGAAUCUGGAAACUUCUAUUCUCCAUUUCCGGUGUCUAAAGCCGACACACAGAUUUACGGGUCGGUUUUCGGCAUAGGCGCGACAAUCGGUGCUCUGCCUGCCGGCUCAGUAGCUAAUAUUAUAGGACGCUGCAUGAGCAUGGUGGUUUUCGAAAUCAUCUUUAUCGUCGGUUGGAUAUGCUUGGCCAUUCCUAGAGGCGUGUGGAUGCUAAACUUAGGUAGAACGCUUCAAGGGAUUGGCGCUGGAGCUUUGUGCGCUGUCAUACCUAUGUAUGUCGGUGAAAUUUCAGAGCCUAAUAUAAGAGGAAGGUUAGGAGCCAUAUUUGAAGUGUUAGCGGUCUUCGGAGUUCUAUACGUAUACAUAGUUGGAGCGUACUUCAAUUAUAUGACGUUCUGUGCACUCUGUGGAGUAUGGUCGUUGAUCCAUUUAAUUGGCGUGCUAUUAAUACCCGAAUCGCCAUAUUACUACCUGAGUAAUCACAUGGAAGGAAAGGCUAGAAUGUCGUUGAAAAAACUUCGAGGUGGAAUCGUCGACACUUCACGCGAACUAGACGAGAUUAAAAAAGCCAUCGCAGAUGAAAACUCCAAGGAAUACACUUUCAGUCAAGUGAUUUCCAGCGCCGUAAACCGAAAGUCUUUGUUCAUCGGAAUUGGUUGCAUGUUCUUCCAGCAGACCUGCGGCUGUAGUGUGGUGAUAUUUUACAUGAACGAUAUAUUCGCAUCAACCGGCAGCGAUAUGGAUCCCAAUACGGCGGCUAUCAUCGUUGGUUUUGUUAUGUUUUCCAUGACGCUGGUGACAAUGGCGCUGUUAGAUAAAGCCGGUCGCAGGAUAUUACUUGUGAUUUCGGCUUGUGUGAUGGCUGCAAGUUACAUGUGUUUGGGCAUGUAUUAUAUAAUAUACAGGAACAGCCCAGAUACGGCCCAGUCAUUAAGUUGGCUUCCGCUUUUAUCCAUUGCUGUCUACAUAAUGGGAUAUUCCACGGGUUUCGGCGCAGUACCUUGGGUGGUGAUGGGAGAGAUUUUCUCCAACGAACUGAAACCUUACGGCGCCGGCAUUGCCACCGGUAUUAAUUGGAUAUUGGUAUUUUUUAUUACAUACAUAUCCAAAAAUUUGUCUAGGUGGGUAGGCAAUGACGGUAUGUUUUUUACCUUCAGUGGCUUUUGCUUGUUAGGCGCCCUAUUCGCUUUGCUUAUCAUGCCCGAAACCAAAAACAGGAGCUUGGCCGAAAUUCAAUCGGAUCUAAUGGGUGAAAAGAAACAGUUAGAUAACCAAACUUAAAACACACAUUGUUCUCAUCAUUUAACUUGGUUAAAAUGAUGUAUAAUUUACAGAAAUGUUUAUCAUACUUUUAUGAGUUUUUUUUUUAUCUGGUUUUUGUAAAUAAAAACAUAACCGUUUUUUUAGACAUUAUUUCAUAAUUCAUUUCGUAAACUACAUUGUACAUCAAGAUUUUGGGACAAAAACUAAAAUAAAAAUUGUCUCGCUUAAUCCGAAUCCAGUCACAGAUUUUUCACUAGCAGUUGUUGAAAUCGCCUCCAAAUUAACUGCCUGUAAACAACUUAUAAAACUAUAAUCCGAUUUUACUAAUUCUUUUUAAAAAUAACACUUAUAGCACUUAUUCAUAAGUCUACUACAAUAAUUCUUUAAUCUUCUGUCAUGUUUUAUAAAAUUUGCGAUUUAGCCUUUCAUUGGCUCUUACUUUGCUUAUAAUAUAAUUAUUAUAUUUCACAUUUGGGUAUUGUUAAAGAAUUAAAACAAAUUGCUUUCGUUGUUUUUAAUAUAUGUUAUUACAUUUACCGCCAUUCCGGUCGUUCACACUUCAGUGAAAAUGUUGUGUAUUAUUUCUGAAGUUACUAAAAACAUCCUUAUCUAUGUUCCAAACGUGUAUAAAUAGUAAGCGAUUUAUCUAAAAACAUAAUUACAUUUUAAUGUUUCUCAAGGAAAUGUUGAAAACACAGGUUACACAUGUAGGAUAUCAGAACAUUAUAAUAUAUUAUUGUCAAAUGUUUUGAUCAUUUUUCAUGCAUCAUAUUACAUUGUAUAAAUAUGAAAUUACUGUUAAGUAUAUUAUGACUGUUAACAAUUUAUUAAUUAAUGGGCAGAUAGACCUUCCCCGUGUAAGAUUAUUAUUGAUUAUCGUUUAGGGUAUCUUCUUCCACGCAAUGAUUAUUCAAAUUUACUCUUACAGUGCCCAGUCAAUAUUUUCUUUUGUUUUCAAUAACAAAACGGCAUUUAAAACUGUCUGGUUUGUAGUAUUUUGGCGAAUGAUUUUACAUUGUGUUUACACCGAUUUUUCGAACCACCGAGUUCUCAUUACAAUAGCUGUGUCGAAGUACAUGUGGUGAGUUUUGGGCGCUCUUUGUUUGCUAUAUAUAAUGUACCGUGUACUGUUUUAUUUACUCGUCGCUGAAUAAGAACAAAGAUAAUUAUUGUUGAAAAACAAUACGAUUGUUUGGUAGAUAAUAGAAAUGUACCAAUGUGUGUGUUUUAAGUGACCUUCGUAGUUCGCACGGAAGAACGAAAAAAUGGUUUGUAAGAAUGUAACAAUUUUUGAACGGUACAAAUCGAUCAUUUGUAUCAUGUAAGCAUGUUUGUUUGUUAUUGUCCCAUAGACAAGUAUCGUUCGCAUAGUAUUGUAACGCAAUGAAUUUGCAGUCCAAGUGCUAAAAUAAAAGUAUUUGGUAUUAAAGUAUUUUGGAAUGCGUUCAAUUAAAAUGAAAAAAAAAUCGCUCACAAUUCAGUUGUUAUCGUUUGAAUAUUUUUACUUUUUUAAUGUUGUUUUUCCAUUUUAUAAUUUCUUAUCAUCCCACAAUAUUAAGCUGAUGCGUACUGGGCCUGUUCCAUUUUUAUGCAGGACAAGGCGAAGAACAAGAAGUGUCCUCUCAUUCGGGCACUGAAUUAAUUAUAUUACGAAUGCAACCGAUUAAUUGCGUCGAUAGAAAAACAAUAUUAAAUAUUAUUACGGUCUUUAAGUGUAUCGAAUACUAAGUAACCUACUAGAAUAGGUGCAAUUAUAUUAGUUAUUAGGUAUGCGUUUAUAACCCUAACGCAAAUCCUCCAAGUAUCUCGGCCAAUUGGCAUCGACAUCAGUUAU